UAUAUCUUCACCGCCAUCAUAAUUCGAUAAGUUUUUGUUUCUCACUUAACUCACUUGGCUAUGCCACCAAAUCCGGAACAUUAUCAACAGAACACAGAACACGUUCCGGCGUAUCUACAUGUAUCCAAGCAUCUCUGUCUCUGUGGUGCUCUCUCCUAAUUUGUUGCGAGCCCCCUGCCUAUAUUACUGCAUGAAGCAUGAAGCAUGAACAGCCUGAAUUCAUCCAUACGAAUUACCGAACCCAGCUCUGGCCUGAGGACACCACGCAGGAUUGGCGAGAAAUCAAACUACUACCCCAAAGAGUAUAUUUGACGAAUUAAAUAAAUUCUUACAUCAAAAUAUCAACGCUACCACAGGAAUAAAAGAACGGAACGUGCGAUUCCCUGGUGAGUAUUUCGUACGGAGUAGUCUAAGGGUCGAUCACUGCCAGCGUGCAUCUACGCAUUGCCUAAAUCCUUACCAUACACUCAAAGAUUACGCAAGAAGCUCGCUACGUUCGAAAUUCGAAGUUCGAAGUUCAAACUUCACCGCUAUCUUUCUUCGAUCUCGGGAUUGAUAUUGACACUGUUAUCGAGGGAGAGAGAAAGGAAAAGAGGAAAUAAAUCUAGAAGGAUUCCCCGUAUUGACGAAGAUAUGGAGGCAAAACCACGAGUUAAGGUGGUAUUAUUAGAUAUCGGUCAGUGAUGAAAACUUUUCCCUCGGGCAUUUACGGUUCCUGUUUUGUUCCUGUUCCUUCCCGUUCCUGCUUUUUCCAGUAUCAUCCCGUCUGCAGAAUUUGCGCCGGAAUGGGAUCUUCGGAUUAAUAUGGAUCACGUGCGUACAUUAGAGAAAUGGGUUUGUGAUGGAAUGCUGAUACUUUUUCAUUUUUUCUACUACAGAGGGGACGGUGUGUCCGAUUUCAUUCGUCAAGGAUGUGUUGGUAGGUAAACAAAAAUCUCCUACUUCUUUCUUUCUACUGGUCAAUUUCUUCUGUAUUCUAUGCAAGAAGUCAUGGGUCGCAUAUUCUUGAUCUCUGGCAAUGCGCCGUUACCGUCUUGGUGUAGUUACCAGCCACGGUCAACGGUAGCCAAUUGCGAUAAUUGACCAUUGUCUUGAUGAUUUGCGCCUUUUGCAUCUCUACACAACUGCAGAAAACUGUUGUACUUCGUAAGCUACAGCAUGCAGAUAUCUUGGAGGCAGGAAUCUUGAUUUGCGCAUAGUCAAGUGAGAGCUGUGAUGUGCUGUCGUGUUACCAGCCUUUUCUCUCUUUUCCAAAUUCCAAUGCUUCUACCCCGCUGUCAUUGGUUGGGACGACAACGACAAUGGAGUUUCCCUAUUUGCUCCGCAUCGUCAAGUCGAAGGAUGACAAUGGAAUAAGAUAGAAUAGAUAGGACAAUUGGAUAGCAAGUGUGAUGAUAUCUCCAAGUCGAGCAGAGAUUGGAUUGAUUCUUCAUUGCAAAUGGUCGCAUGCCACGUUCUCAACCACUGCGUAUGGUCAAUCCAAUGCACGGACGGAUCAGCGUCCAUGUCAUUUGCGGGGAAGAGCGCCCCAUAUAAGUGUCUAUCUAUGUUUGAUGGCUUGGUUGCACCAUAUCCCAUCGAAAAUGUCACUCAAUAGCGUUUCAUUUUGUCUUGCUCCGAAGCAAACAUUUCACACACCCCCUGAGUUCAAAGCCCCACCAUAUAUACACCACUGGCUUUACCCCGCAAUGAGCAUGCCAGUAACCUAUACACUUGAGACAUGUAUCUCUAUGUACCAAUGAAUAUGUCAGAUUAGUUCAUCUGCCACGACCCUUUCGAACUAUUACUUGUCAUCAAUGUAAAAGCAUAACCCGACAACUAACCACGCCAGCAGUUCCCAUACGCUCUCGCAGCACUCCCAGAAACUCUAUCCAUUGAAUGGGACUCCCCGUCCUUCCUUCCCUAUCGCUCCGUCUUCCCACCUGAACACAGCUCUACCCCUGAGGCACUCCUCUCUCAUGUUCGCGACCUCAUGGCUCAAGACCUCAAAAUCUCAUAUCUUAAAUCUCUCCAGGGAUAUCUGUGGCUCCGCGGUUACGAAUCAGGGGAACUGAAAUGUCCACUUUUUCCGGAUGUGUACCCGGCGAUGAAGAAAUGGAAAGAGAACGGAGCCAAUAUUUGUAUUUAUAGUAGCGGGAGUGUGGCCGCGCAAAAGUUGUUAUGGAGAUACACGACCGAGGGGGAUUUGAGAGGUUGCAUCUGGAAUGGAGUCGACGGGGUUGAGAAGAUCGAAGGUGGGUAUUGGGAUACGGUUAAUGCGGGGUUGAAACAGGAGAGCACGAGUUAUGAGAGAAUCGCCAAGGCAAACAGGGCCCUGGGGGAGGUAGGUGAGUGGUUGUUUUUGAGUGAUAAUGUUAAAGAGGUCAGAGCUGCAAAAGAAUCCGGAAUGAAGAGUUUUGUGGUCGUAAGGGAAGGGAAUGCGGAUAUUAGUGCUGAGGAGAGGGAGGGGCAGGUACUCAUUGAGAGUUUUGGGGAGGUAGAGGCGAUGGUUGAGGUUGCUGGUGAAAGUGCAUGAUGAUUACGAAAAUCGAAUGCAAAUAUCAAUAUUGUGAGAGGGGAAAGUCUUGCUUUUACAUUCACUUUCUUUCUGUAUACUAUCAACUCUCUUAGCCGUGCCAUGUCGCAUUGUCAGAUCAUAGUGUGACCUGCCUUUUCAAUCCAUCAAAUCGCUAUCUCCCUUCACUAUCACCGGCUUACCAUGCCUGUUCCUUUUCCAUUCUCCCCUACACCAAAUCCAGCUAUCAUACACUACUACAACCUACUCAUCAUCCAUCACCCAUUACGCGUCAUCUCUCCCCAUCCUGAAACAUUCUAACCCUUCAUCCAGCUACCAUAACAUUAACACAUCUCCGAAGAUCGAAACACGCGAGAUUAAGAGCUUUUACAUUUAUUCUACUAGUUCGGACAAUACACGCUCCAAACAAUCUCAUGUUAA